UUUGGCAUUUCCUCCAACACCUAAUUGCUUGGACACUUGCAUUGCGUUUGCAACUUGCAAACAGCCAAACAAAUACUCUACUACUAGCAUUAGCAUUUGCAUUAGCCUUCAGGUCAGCUCAAAAAGCAUUGAGGUUUUUGCCUCGCGAAAUGAGAGUCGCGUUGCCCGGCGAAGCGAGGAGGAGGAGAUGAUGGUCGCCGGAGGAAUCAAGAGCCAGGGCGGCGGCGCGACGGUGUCCGGUGCGUCGAGGAUUAGCCCGGCGGUGGUGUUUGUCCUGGUGAUAUUGGCUGUGGUGCUGUUCGUGUCCGGGCUGCUGCAUCUUCUUGUUCGGUUCUUGCUCAGGCGCGGCCGUGCGCGCGCUCUGCGGGGCGGCGGCGACGCGGAGGCGGCGGAUGGUGGCGGCGGCGGCGGGGAGGAGUCGGCGCUGCAGAGGCAGCUGCAGCAGCUGUUCCACCUGCACGACGCCGGGCUGGACCAGGACGUCAUCGACGCGCUCCCGGUGUUCAUGUACCGGGAGGUGGUGGUCGGCGCGGCGGGCGCCAAGGAGCCGUUCGACUGCGCGGUCUGCCUGUGCGAAUUCGCCGGCGACGACCGGCUCCGGCUUCUGCCGCUGUGCGGCCACGCGUUCCACAUCGACUGCAUCGACACGUGGCUGCUCUCCAACUCCACGUGCCCGCUCUGCCGCGCCGCGCUCGGCGCCGACGCCGCCGCGCUGUUCGACGCCGCGUUCGACGCGAUGGCCGACGAGGAGGACCGGAAGCAGGAGGACGCCGUGUUCCCCGUGCGCCUCGGCAAGUUCAAGAACCUGUCCAUGGCGGCCGGCCCCGUCCACGACGGCGACGCCGCCAUUAUCACGAGAGAGGAAGGCGAGUCCAGCAGCAGCAGCUUGGACGCGAGGAGGUGCUUCUCCAUGGGCUCCUACCAGUACGUCCUCGCCGAGGCGAGCUUGCAGGUGUCCGUCCACCGGAGGAACGGCGACGGCAAUGGCAGGGCGGCCGCCGCCACGAGGCUGAGAGGCCUCGGCGCCAACCCGGUCGGCAACGACGCCGCCGGCGAGGGGAAGAAGAUCGGCGCCGGCAGCAAGGGCGACAGCUUCUCGGUGUCCAAGAUUUGGCAGUGGCCACGGCAGGGCAAGGGGAAGCUCCCCGUGCUCGCGUCCGACGACUCGCCGGCGGUGGACGGCCGGUUGCCGUGGCCGAGGAGGAGCCCUGGGGACUCGUGAUGCUGUUUUUCCUAUGGUGUGCUGCAAUUUUUUUUUUGUUCAAAGCUAAUCUGUUUUAACUUUUUUUUAACUGCGUUUUAAUUAAUCUGUUCAUAGCCAAUUCGUUUCAUUCCGCUUUUGCUGUUCGCUUGCAUCAUCUUGAUAGAGAUUAGAGAAAUUUCUUAACCAGCGAAAUUAUUAAAUACAAGAGGCCAAUUUAUGAGAAAAAAUAGUUUAUUGCCUAUGGAUAUCCACCAUUUGCAUCGCUGAAAUAACUGCACUUUGCCCUGAAAGAAAUGGCUGUGGGUCAUAUGGUGGUAGAGUUGCUCAAACAUUUAAGUAUGAACAAGUACGUGUUUUUAAAUAGUAGAUUCUUGUUGUCUUAGCAAGCAAUUGCUUGUACUGUGUACAAUACUCUUUGCUUCAUCUUCAAGUACUUUGCAGGAAACUCUACAACUCAAGCUAUCGUUA